AUGAAUUUUGUCACGAUGAAAGUUACCGAGCUCUACGUCUACCCGGUCAAGGGUCUUCGCGGCAUCCCCGUCCUGACCGCGACGAUUGGUCCGCAGGGCGUCCGCCACGACCGCCACUUUAUGCUGAUGACGUCACAUCGCUGCAAGACCGGCUUCACCAAGAUGCAACUGGCCGGGUUUCCCGAGUGCGCGCUCUUCUCGCAGGAGCUGGACGGCGACAGUGUGGUUGUGCGAUACCAUCCGCCGGACGCGCUGCAGGGUCCGACGACAAUGUCACCGGUGGCCCCGCCGCCUCUCCGCAUCCCGCUCGACCCGUCGGUGGCCGAGCUCGCGACUUGGCCGACGAACCUGCACGGCAGCCCGGCCACUGGCUGCCGGAUGGGAGAGACGUACGACGCUUGGUUCCGCGCCUGCUUUGGCUUCGACGUCUUGCUCGUGUACAUUGGCAGCGGGCAGCGUCCGGUGCUGGGCGAGACGUUGAAGCCGAAAAAAAGGGAAAGCCGCGUGGGGGGGAGGCCCAAUCGGCACCUCUCGGCUUGGCUGCUGCCGGCACUUCUGCCAGGCGGCUGGCUGGUGCUCCUGCUCGGCGGCUGGCUGGCACUGCUCGCGUACGUGGCGGCCGUCACGGGCGUGUUGGGGGCCCGUUUGCACGGCAGCGGCUCGCCGACAGACGACCCAGCGGACCCGGCGGACCCGUGGCUGACAUUCACCGACUGCGCGCCGCUGCUGGUGACAUCCGAGGCAUCGGGUGCCAACAUGAGUGCGCGAAUGUCGGCCGGAAUGGCGGUCCCCAUGUACAAGUUCCGACCUAAUAUCGUGGUGGACGGCGAGGCCGCUUGGUCGGAGGAUUUUUGGGCGGAACUGCAGAUAACGAGCAGCGACGAGGCCGCAGACGGCCAGGGUAACCAUGUCGACAAGGCCCGUGACUUCCGGCUGCUGCUGACGAGCAACUGUGCCCGCUGUACUUCGCUCAACGUGGACUAUGGCACAGGUGCGCCGGCGGCUGGCGAGCUCGGCGAGGUGCUCAAGCGGCUCUCCAAGGACCGACGCGUCGACACGGGCAUCAAAUACUCGCCCGUCUUCGGCCGCUACGCCUUCCUUGAUGGCAGCCGCGAUGUGGUUGUCGCCGUGGGCGACUCUGUCGACGUUGUUCGGCGAAACAAGGAACGCACUGUUUGGGACUGGCCGAGCUUGUGA